CUCGCGCGCUGCUCGCUGGCGGGCUCGUCUCGCGCCGCACGUUUACCGGUGUAAACGCAGGGAGGGACAGGGUUGUCUAAAAAUUACAAAGAGGCAGACACUGGGAGAAGAAGGGAGAACUUCGUGGUGUCCGUCCUUCUUACGAUCACUGACAGGGUCUCCAUAUGGAGCAAGAGAACCUGAGCAGCCCUGGGAUCCAAAUCAUGUGGCAUGGAAUUCACUUCCACCGUCGCCAUGAGUGUCCUGUGACCACAGAGUGCCGGUCGAGAUUGUUUCACCUGGGUGCUUGUGUGCAUGAGGGGAAAUGGCCACUUCCACCAAGUUGCUAUAGCUUAUCAAGAUUGAGCCAAAUCAUAUUUAACGUUGCAUUCUUUUCUUGCUUUUUUGUGUGUGUGGAAAAUACGGCUGAUGUUUGUUUAUUAUAGUAGAACGGCUGUUGAUUUUAGGUGAUCUCAGCGCACCAGUGAAACACAUAAACUUGACUUUACAACGCCAUGGCAGCCACGUACCGCCUCGUGGUCAGCAGUGUGAGUCGCUACAGCAGUGUGGUAGUGGACCAUCGUAGGCAGCGGGCCGUGCACUAUUGCGACGGGCCCUGUCAGCUGCUGAGACAAGGGCUGGAUUGCACCAUUGCCCACCACAGUGUCUGCUCUGAGCUGACAGAUGUCUGCUCUCCCCUCUCUCAUGAACAUACCUUGGAAAAUGCCACAUUUGAAAUGGCGAGAUCGGUCCACUUACACAAUCGCAGGUUUACAAAUGGAGGAACCGAUCAUCGCCACUCACCGCCUGUCAUUUGUGGAUUCAGGAGAGGGUUACCUGUCCAGGCUCCUGUAAACCUUAAAAACAUUGCAGGGGAGGUCAUUAACUUGGCCAGGGGGAAGAUGAAGGAAUUCUCCUUGGGUUAUGUCCCCUUACAGAAAAGGAGAAAGGUGAGACUGGACCACCAAGGCCGGAAGUCUACAGAUGUGAACUUCUUGUAUGGCCGUCUCAAAAGAAAUGAGAACAAUGUGCCUUUUAGCCUGCUGCAGAGUUCCCACUAUGUUGAACAACAAAAGAUUGCUCACGGCCCCUUUCAAAAACACAACAUCAUCCCACUGCAAUUAAAUGGAGUUGCUGAAGAGAAUCUGAUGGCUCGGCUCUUGGAGUGGACAAAGGUUGACAGUGGCAUCUCUGAGAAGGACAUCAGGGCUUGUCUGAACAUCCUUCUCAAGUGUUCCAGUGACCUCAAAAGGUGUACUAACAUAAUCACACGGUGCAUCAAGACAAAGUCUUUUGGUGGAAACGACACAGACCAUGAGAAUGAUCCUAGCAAUGCUGAAGUUCUCUAUCGGACCAUGAUGUCACAGUUUUGUAGCCACCUGAAGUUCUCAGUUGGAUUUGAUCAAGAGCUUCUGGGAGAUCAGCGUUGCAGAGACGUAUCCGAGCUGGAAAAUUAUCUACAUGGGAUGCAAGAACAAUCUUCGCACCACACUUUCAUAGAUGAACAGCCACCCAGGUAUGAGGAUGUUGUUUGCUCUCCACCUUCAGUAAAGUCUCUGCCUUCCUUCUUUCCUCACGCUGAGCCACACUUGGAUGACAAAGAGAUACCUGGUAGUCAGAAAUCUGUCCAGGACAUUCCCACAUCCCAAGUUUCUCUACCUGGUAUUCGGGACCAGCAAGAUGGGAGUGUAGGGAUAGCAUCACCUCAAACCAUCCCUAGUGACAAUUUAGACAUCCGCUGUUCUACUAACUUCUCACUGCCCAGCAGUAAGGGCUUCUGUGUAGAAUCCUUGGAAGCACUAUAUACUGGGGGUGAAUCAAAUGUCUCAGAAGUAUGGAAGAAGAACAGUGGAGGGAGAGUGAACUUUGGCGUAGAUUCCGCAGAUGUUGGACAUCAGGUUACCAGAAAUAAUGGCAACCAUUCAGUACCUGGUAGCUACCUGGCCAAUGAGAUUUCCGAGAACAGCAGAAACAAGUCUGCUUUCUUAGCUGAGAUGGAACACCCCCAUCUGCCCAGUGAAAUACACCAAUGUACCGAGGGGGUAAAUCCAGACUCUGUUCCUGUUCAAAGACUAGCAGAGAACAGUAGCAGCAACAAAGAUGACAUAGAAAGAGUAUUGAUGGAUUUAGAACGACUGUCCCAAAACAUAAAUGAGCAGCCACAGUUCAUGAACUGUAGUCAGCAGGCAGACUGUCUCCAGUGCUGUGCUUUUGAGUCACAAAAUAGAAGUGGAAUGAUGUCUCCUGAAGGUACUCCAGCAGCCUCAUGCAAACCACUGGGCUCAUCUCAGGAACACCUUAGCAAACCUGUAAGUGAUGGUGAAGUGGUUAGGAAUGAAGAUGAAUCUCCACUGCUGCAGAUUCUGGAGAACAUUGACUUCUUUGCCCAGGAGUUGGUGGAGAGCAGUGCGACCACAGGUUCAAAGACAGGGACUUUAGCACACAAGUGGAGUGCAACAAAGCUCCAGCAAGACCUCUUGGCUUCCACUGAAGGAGGAAAAAAUGUCAAGGAACGAAAUGAGCCAGAGAAGGAGGCAGAAACCCUCCCUUCACCUCCUUGUUCCCCCUCAGCGGUACCUCCACGUGAGGGUAAUACUGUGGUUGUGACCCCCGUGUCUGCAAGCGUUUCGUGCUUCUAUUUGCCCCAAGGAGCUCCCGUCCCCCGCAGCACCGCCGUCGGCCAGGUCAUAGCUAGAAUUGAGGCAACAUUUGCCAACUUUAAGGAGCAAAGAGCCACCAUCCAUGACAUGGGGAAGGUUAGCAAGGCCUGUGGCUGCCCGCUGUACUGGAAGGCCGCACUCUUCCACGGUGCUGGAGGAGAGACGACAGGCUUUAUUUCUGCCAGCUCGUUGGUGGACACGUGGAACAAGUUGUCCCUCAGCUGUUUUGAUGAGUCGUCCAAGUUUGUUUACCUGCUUGCCAAGCGAGGCGCCGCCUACCUGGAGCAGGAGGAUUUCACCCUUUUGUUGCAGGACAUAGUGGACAGUCACCCAGGUCUGACAUUUUUGAAGGAUGCUCCAGAAUUCCACUCCAGAUACAUUACUACGGCCAUCCAGAGGAUUUUCUACACAGUCAACCGCUCAUGGACAGGCAGGAUUACUGCUUCAGAGCUUCGGAGGAGCAACUUCCUGCAGACUCUCUCCCUACUGGAAGGGGAGGACGAUAUCAAUCAGAUCACAGAUUACUUCUCCUAUGAGCACUUUUACGUCAUUUACUGCAAGUUCUGGGAGCUUGAUACAGACCAUAACCUGUCCAUUGAUCGACGGGACCUGGCCAGGUACAACUACCAUGCUUCGUCCGAGAGAAUCAUAGAACGCUUGUUUUCGGGAGCGGUCACAAGGGGAACCUCGGCCCAGAGAGAGGGCAGGAUGAGCUACGCGGAGUUUGUGUGGUUUCUCAUCUCUGAGGAAGACAAGAGGAGCCCCACCAGCAUAGAGUACUGGUUCCGCUGCAUGGACCUGGACGGGGAUGGGGUCCUUUCCAUGUACGAGCUGGAACAUUUCUACGAGGAGCAGCACGAUCGGCUGGAAGCCAUGGGCUUUGAGCCACUGCCCUUCCAUGACCUCUUGUGCCAGAUGCUGGAUUUGGUGAAGCCCCAGCAGCCUGGUAAAAUCACCCUUCGAGACCUGAAGAGAUGUGGUAUGGCCCAUGUGUUCUUUGACACCUUCUUCAGCCUGGAAAAGUACUUGGAACAUGAGCAAAAAGAUCCUUUUGCCAUACACAAGGAAGUAGACCGCAAUGGCCAGGAGCUCUCAGACUGGGACAGGUUUGCUGCAGAGGAGUACGAUGUCCUGGUGGCAGAGGAUUCAGAGAGCGAGCACCCAGAUGAGCGUCCUUCUGAGGGUGACCUGGAGUGUGAGCAGCUUGAGGUCGCCUUGGAAACAGGAAAAAAGAUGGAGAAGCUGGUCAAGUCAGAGCUGGCUGCAUGAGAACACACACACACACACACACACACACACACACACACACACAGAGACAUUAAAACACUGAAAUAUACACACGCAGCCACACAAAAAACACUGCCCACGUGUGUACGUUGCGAGGAUUCGCAGCCCUCGAGACACGCAUCACACAGACACCUCGGCUGGUACGGACUUCAGUCGCGAUGAAGGGAAAAAAAUCCUGGUUUUGUUUUUCUUUUUUAUUCUGAAGGGACUCUUUUCGUGCUUUUUACAAAAAUGUUCACUGGUUCAACCGAACGGUUUAUCGGCGGAGCUGCGUUUCGUUCCUCAUGUUGCAUGAACAGUCAGUCUGGACGAGGAGAAAGCUCUCCAGCUGUGUGACCUGGGAGAGUAAAACCUGUUUUUAACAGUUAAACCAUAUUGAGGAAAAGUGUACAAACUAACUCUGCUGGCUGGUUUUGCCACUUGGUGGUUGUCACUGGAUCCCUCACUUGUGCACAACCACUGUAACUCCUCAUCUCUUCCGUCAGAUGUAAAGGACAGAGGGUAAAAGAGAGGGAGAAACAUGUAUUUCAUAUCCUGUCCGUUCCAAAGCGUUGCUAACCGCAUCAAAACAACA